AUUACCAUAUAUCCCCCUCUAGCCGUGCUUUUCCUCUCUUUUCUAACCUGUUUCUGCAAUUCCCAUGGCGGUUUGAGUUUCGAUCGUUUCAUUUCACUCAUUCUUCUUCUACAUCUUCCUCUCUAGAAGCGCGGAAAUGGCGGUGGAGCUCAUGGGGUUUCCGAAAAUGGACGAGCAGAAAGCAAUUCAGGAGGCUGCAUCGGAGGGAUUAAAGGGCAUGGAGAAUCUAAUCCGUGUUCUGUCCCACAAACCCGAUCUCGUUGACUGCGCUGAUCUUACCGAUGUUACUGUUUCUAAGUUUAAGAAAGUCAUUUCUCUUCUAAAUCGCACUGGCCAUGCCCGGUUCAGAAGAGCACCGAUUCCCCCUUCCAGCUCGCCUCCCCCUUCUGCUUCAAAGUUGCCGCCGCCAUCGUCCGCCGUGCCCUCGUCGGCCAACAUUUCCCAAUCGCAAAUUCCGAAUCUAUCACCGGCGCAGUUCCCCUCUCCGGCGCCCAUCCCAAAUCCGGUCACCUUGCAUAACGCUCCGAUCAACAACAGCACUGCUCCAUCCGGUUUUGUUCCGGCUCAUUCACAGUCUCUGACUCUCGAUUUCACAAAACCUAAUAUAUUGACCUCCAAGACGAAGUCCCUAGAGCUGGAGUUCUCGAAGGAAACCUUCAGCGUGUCUUCAAACUCAUCUUUCAUGUCGUCGGCCAUCACCGGCGACGGCAGCGUAUCGAACGGCAAACAAGGAACGUCGAUCUUCCUUGCACCAGCAGCACCAACUGCCUCCGGCAACGGGAAGCCACCCCUAUCGACGGUACCGACGAAGAAGAGAUGCCACGACCACCGUGAGCACUCCGAUGACCUCUCCGGCUCCAGCAAGUGCCACUGCACAAAAAGAAGGAAGAAUCGGCUGAAGAAGGUUGUAAGAGUGCCGGCGAUUAGCUCAAAGAUCGCGGAUAUUCCGCCGGACGAGUACUCGUGGAGGAAGUACGGCCAGAAACCGAUCAAGGGAUCACCGUAUCCAAGGGGUUAUUACAAAUGCAGUACAGUGAGAGGGUGUCCGGCGAGGAAACACGUAGAGCGGGCCCCGGAUGAUCCGGCGAUGCUGAUCGUAACCUACGAGGGGGAGCACCGUCACGCAUUGCAGGCCGCGAUGCAGGAGAACGGAUCCGGGGGUGUUGGGCUGGUGUUUCAGUCUACAUGAGGAGGGUGGAAAUGUCGAAUUGCGAAAAUAAUCUGUUGUACCCAAAAAAAAAAAAAAAGAAAUGAAGGGAUGGUUUGGUUGUGAUAUUUUUGUAAUACGAAGGGAGUGGCCGGGGGUUGAACUGUAAAUUUAGUCUCUGGAUGGAAAGGAUUAUAUAAUUACUACAUUACAAUUACAAUUUCCCAUGCCCUAAAGGAGAUUUUUAUUAUUGUUA